GCACCCCUCCAUCUGAUGGGCGCCUGGUGGUGGCGGAGGGCCCCCGAGUCCCAGCUGCCGGGUCUAGGUGGGCGCUCCUGGGAGGGGACGGGAGGCGGCAAGUUCAGGUGCCUCCCCCUCGGGGCUUCGCUCCAGGCCCCUGGGCGGCCGGGAGGGGCGGGACCGGUCACUUUCCAGCCUUUCCGUGAUGGUUGGUGGUUCGAGGCCCCCGGCCUGAGCCUGGACUUCGCCCCGUGGGGAAGGACACCGGCCGCGGUGCUCCUUCCCCGGCGCGGGGUCCGGCCCGCGCGCGCCUGUUUCCCGGGGCUGGGCUCGGGGACGCGCUGCGAGGCGGAACCUUCCGAGUCGGGCUGCGCGCGCGCCGGGCGCCUUUGGGCGGCGGACCGGACCCGGCGCGCUGGUGGGGACGCGCCGCCGAGGUUGUCUGAAGGCCGAGGCCAAGAUGGCGGCGCUGGCGGCUCCGGAGUGGGUGCAGCUGUGCAGGCACGUGAUGUCCAUCGGACCGCGCCUGCCGGGGGCCCCAGCAGCACCCAGCCUGCUGUGACGAAGGCCGUGGUCCCCAAGCCUGCCGCGCUCCCCAGCAGCCGGGGCGAGUACGUGGUGGCCAAGCUGGACGACCUCAUCAACUGGGCGCGCCGGAGCUCGCUGUGGCCCAUGACCUUCGGCCUGGCCUGCUGCGCCGUGGAGAUGAUGCACAUGGCGGCGCCGCGCUACGACAUGGACCGCUUCGGCGUGGUUUUCCGCGCCAGCCCGCGCCAGUCGGACGUGAUGAUCGUGGCCGGCACGCUCACCAACAAGAUGGCCCCCGCGCUGCGCAAGGUCUACGACCAGAUGCCCGAGCCGCGCUACGUUGUGUCCAUGGGGAGCUGCGCUAACGGAGGAGGGUACUACCACUACUCCUACUCGGUCGUGAGGGGCUGCGACCGCAUCGUGCCCGUGGACAUCUACGUCCCAGGCUGCCCGCCCACAGCCGAGGCCCUGCUCUACGGGAUCCUGCAGCUGCAGAAGAAGAUCAAGCGGGAGAAACGGCUGAAGAUCUGGUACCGCAGGUAGUGCCGCGGGCUCCGGUGCCGCGUCUCCUGCUGGUUCUGUGAGAAUGUGAUGACUAUCAAUAAACCCACCGUGGCCCCCGCUG